AUCGCGCAUGUGCGCCGAUAUCGUUUGCCACUUCUUUCCCUGGCUCUCCUUUCCCUCGCUGCCUACGCAAGUACAUAAGCGUAUGAAUAAACGACCAGUUGGUCAUUCUUUGUUCAGCAACAAGUCGCCUCGGUCCAUUACUUCAAAACGCGAUACAUGGUGUCAGAAGUGUUUGUCGCGGCAGCAGAAUGGACGCCGUCAAGCCCCCGGAGCCGUUGCAGCUUUCUGGAAACUUGAGAAGAAACUGGCUACUGUUUAAGCAGAAGUUGGAACUCUACAUCACAGCGACGUCGUCAGACAAGCCAAGGAAGGAAGCCGUAAAAGCGGCAAUACUUCUCAGAACCGCAGGUGAUGAUGCCUUGGACGUGUACAACAACUUCGUGUUUGCCGAAGGUGAGGACAAAGAAGAUUAUCAAACUUUGGUCAGGAAGUUUGAAGAGUACUGUCUCCCCGAAGGAAAUGAGGUUUAUGAAAGGCACGUUUUCCGCCUUCGAGUGCAGGACGAGGCAGAACCAUUUGAAAGCUUUUUGCGGGAUCUCAAGAAGCAAGCGAAACUCUGCAACUUUGGAGAGCUUGAACCAUCCAUGAUAAGGGACCAAGUGGUCUUUGGCAUCAACGAUAAAAAGCUCAGGCAGAGGUUACUUGGCGAGAAGGACCUUAGCUUGCAGAGAGCUGAGCAAAUGUGCAAAGCAGCCGAAGUUUCUGCGCAGCAAAAUGCAUCAUGGUCGAAGGAAAGGCUGCAAGUAGAGUACACGAGAGAAACUGAACGAGACAGCAAAAAACAAUAUCGAUGCCGUCAAUGCGGAAGAACUCAUGCGCCAGAAGAAUGUCCGGCUCGCGGAAAGUUUUGCUACGCAUGCAAGAAAAAGAACCACUUCGCGGCAUAUUGCAGAAGACGCCAGAUAAACGAAGUCGACGAAGCACAAAAGGCCGAUGAUAACUUCGAUAUCUUGAAUAUCGGCGUGUGCGGCAUAACUGACGGCGCGGGAGCAGAUUGGACAGUUCGCGGGAAGAUAGCCGGCCAAGAACUGCGAUUUAAAGUAGACACUGGCUCGCAAGCCAACCUACUACCUCUGUCUGUGUUCAGGCGUGCCAAUCGAGCAAUGGAGCCAAGAAAAAGCACAGCAGUUUUAACGGCAUAUAACGGAAGCAUUAUCAAGCAUGUGGGAGUCUCAACAGAAGUCCUGAGCAUAAACGGCCAAGAACGUGACGUUACAUUUUUUAUUGUGAAGAAAGGUCGCCAUGCCAUCAUUGGUCUCAAAGCAUGUCGGGAAUUCGGACUGAUUCAAACAGUGAAUGCAGUAGACUCGAGCGAAGGCGCUCCCCAGCUGGCUUUUCCCCACCUAUUUCGCGGAACCGGCUGCGUAAAGCGACUGUACAAGAUGGUACUGCGACGGGAUGCCGUUCCAGUGGUGCAGCCUGCCCGAAGGGUACCGUUGGCGAUGAAGGAACCGCUUCGCGAAGAACUGAACCGCAUGGAAGGGGCCUCUAUCAUUGCGAAAGUGGACGAGCCUACCGACUGGCGGAUUCCUUUUGGCGUACGUCGUCGAGAAGCAGAAGCGAAGUGGACCGAUCCUCUUCGUCAUUGGCGUUGUGCGAAGAUACAUAAGCCGAUUAUACCUCACUUUUGGUACCUGUCCCUGGAUUUUCAAUUCUUCGUUGUCAGCCUAAUCAUCCUUCUGGUAUUUAAGAGCAAACCACGCUGCAAAAUAGCCAUCUUCGCCUUGUUGUCUCUACUUGGAUGCGCCUUGUCGACGUGGCAUGUAGCCGGGAAUGAAACGCCUCCAUUCAUCGUGAUCGUCGAUGAAUCAGCUUCGAACUUCUUCGAAACAAUGUACUUCUACUACUUCUACCCGCACUACCACGCGGUCUGCUACUUCACGGGGCCCAUCACUUUCCUCCUCUUGGAACGCUUCCGGAAGAUCAAAAUGUCUAAGGUAACAGAGCUAGCCGGCUGGUGCAUCGCGAUCGCCUGUGGCCUCUGUUGCAUCUUCAUGAAAGUCAGCUGGUACAGAACUAAAUACCCGACGACAGAGUUUGGGAAGCUGUCCACCGCCUUCUUCGACAGACUUCUUUGGUCCAUUUUCAUGAUUUGGCUAACGCUGGCUUGCGCCUCGGGUCGAGGAGGUUUCCUUGGCAAGUUCCUGUCGUGGGGUGCGUUCGCACCAAUGGCCAGGCUGGCCUUCGGUGUCUACCUCAUCCACUUGCCCUUCAUCCAACUGGCGCUGCACAUUUCUCGAGAGAGAAUGGGGCUGUCCCAUUUCAUAGCGGCGUCAUUCUGUUUUUCUACCCUCGCCUGGAGCUACAUCUUGAGUUACUUCCUGUUCAUCUUCUGCGAGGCGCCCGUAGGCAAGCUCGACAAGCUUCUUUUUGAAGGACUGCGGGGCAGAGCUUCCAAAAAGGGCGUGGAAGACAAAGUGCGGACAAAGAUUGAACUCAUCGCAGAAAAGCAGCAGAGUGCCGACAGCUUAGCAGAGAACAACAACAACAAUAGGAACAGCUGUGAACCGGUGCCCGAUGAGCAGCGGUUUGGACUACAACAGAACGGUAUCAAACCGCGCGCAGAGGCGGUCAGCUGUCGUCUUUGACGUGAAAGUGCUUCUUACAUGCAUCCUUUUUUCCUGGUGAUUCGCACUCAGACCUGUGGCGCAACAUUUUGCAUAUUGCCGUCGAGCCCAUGCGGGCCCGAGCAUUAGGAACGGGUAUCAAGUGGACACCAAUACUGGAGCAGUGCCUCUGCAGCGCCAGUUACCGUGCUAACUAUGUGGACUCAACCGGAGCACUGUAUUUGCGUGACGCAGUUUUUUCAUAGCAAACGCUACGCGAUACAUCCAAUAAGUGGGUGGGGUACAAUCUAAUCUUUAGGGAAAUAGUGCGCUUGAAUUCGCUAUUGCUGCACGUUUCAGUGUUCGCCAUCGAUAUCUUACUACGAAUCAACAAAAUGCGAUCACCUCUAAGCAAUGCGUUUUAAACCACUUCGUUCCUCAACGGAGUCAUUACAACGACAUCAGAGAUUGAACAAAACAAGAGGUUUUCAUCCUUGAAAGAUAGGUCUAAUGCUUACGUUACUUAGAAACAAUUGUUUCAAAGCCGGUGGCCUAUAAGGCAUGAAUAUCAGCUUGUCUUAAGCAGUUCACACCCGCUUAUUCUCACUCACAGCCAGAAAGGUACACCAGGUAUUCAGGAACGAUUUGGAGCUUGCUUUGCAUUUUUGCUUUUUUUUGAUAGUACAAACCUUUAAGAUAUUUCAGAGAUCACAAGCCAAUAUGAUCGCCACUAGGCAUACAUGAAGGUGUCAAAGGAGUUCUAAUCUAGGAUGGUAGUGUACAUAACUUUUAUGGCUAAAUAAAGCAACAGCGCAUAAGACCGCACAAACAGAAGGAAAGGAUAGUAUUUCGUCCGUUCUUUACGUGUGUCCUGUCCAAUGCUCUGUUGGUUUAUUGAGCGGGUGCGAAUGUGUCAGUGAAAGGCACAUUAUGUUUCUUCUUAAACUAUUUUGUAGUAUUAGCAAAUAGCAGUCGCCAGCUUGUAUGGUUGUGUAACCCUAGGAUUGGAGGAUGUGUCCCACUCCUCAAGAAUUAGGGGCCACCAAAUGUGGACGCCGAGAUUUCCGUACAUUGAGGAAGUAUUGCCGCAUAAUGUGCUCGUAGAUCCACCUGAAUUCAGCCAAAGGGUAAUAGUGGGCUGGUCGUCUAGGUGACACAUUUCACGGUGCGAUCCGCUUGAGGAUGGAUAAGGCCUCUUGCCCCGUGCGAACGGAAUGCAGGUGCGCUUUAUCGAUCUUAUAGGUUCCAGAAAUUUUUCAACGCAUCGUCACGACAAUUAUGUGCUUAAGAAAGUGUGACACGGGGUCGCAUUGUUUAGCCGUCGGUUCAGCACGAGCCGACAGGCUUCGUAUAGGUCGCAUAUCGCGCAUUGGGUCGGAUUCACUCGACUGAUCAUGAUUUUUUGGUUAUAUGUACGUGCAAGAAACAUUCGUAACGUGUAUAUAUUGGCAUGAAAUUCAUUCCUGUUAUCAUUCUGGAUAGGUGCAAUUCAGUACUACACUUUCGUCAAAAGGGACGAAUGGUCGGUUUUCGCUAAACACAUUCAGGGUGAAUUGCCUGACAAGCUAACACUUUGAUUGAAUGCGUUGUGGGCAAACGUUUGAUAUUUGUGUAACUCUUCUCAUUUAAUUUGUUAUUACAGACUUUUUUUAUUGUAUUGUUCCUCACUGUCUUCGAAGAAUCAAACCCUGUGAGAUUUGGCGUUGUUAGCUGCAGCUACUGUGCGAGUUUCUCCAUACGCAGCUCAGGAGUGGGUAACGUGAAAUUAAAAAUGAUUUCGACAAGCAGCGAGCCAUCAGGGACAGAAAUUACAGGAAGAAACGCUGAAAUAUGCAUUUAGAAAUAAUUACCGGUCUCUUUAUUGCUUUUGAUCUUUGUGAGUAGGGACGUCUAUUUACCGUGUUCCAAGAUUUGACUGCGUCGGACUGUGAAGCUCGCGCUAACGGCAAGUCACCGUCUGAAGUUCCUUCUUUUUCUUUUCUCGUCUGGCCGUGGUAUUAAUGUCGAACAGACGCUUGUCAUUUGAUUUUUCGAAGACUGAUGAGAUCAGUUAUAGGAGGUGGAUGCAACCUUCCUUCUUUUCUACAUUAUCAUUCGUUUUCGUUGUCGCAGCCUAAAAUGGGCCGCCGUCACUACUAAAAGGCGACUAAGUAAUCAUCAUUAAUGUUUUCAUCUAGAAAACGUGGAAUUCGGGACGACCAUCAUGAAAAGCAACGUGGAGCGAGCGCGUUUUAUGGGCGUGGCUUAUCCUAGACAAACGCACUGUCUCAUGCUGUGAAGUGCGCCGGAGGCGUUAAGCAAUGCCAUAUCCACCAGAUCUCACUCUGUUAUGUUGGUCACGCAUGUGAGCUCUGUAACACUGACUUAUACCGCAGACAUGUUUAGACGCAGUGCGAUUGCCUAGAAUUACGGCUUCUUUCUCACUUGAUAUUUUAUGGCUUUUCUUUUUCCUACUCGAUGGUGACCUGAAGUGUAACGUAUGGGUUAUCGUGAGUGUUCUCAGUCUUAUUAGUAUGACAAAUUAAGCAAGUUGGUAACUAAUUGUGUCGUAAAGCAACACUGCAUUACAUCAGUGGUUCUUAUAUUCGUUGUGGUGGUGCAGCUUUACAAAGGACGUUGCCAUUCUUUACCACUUGUUACCGGACUCCGUUUUGGUAGUCCCGCCCAUCAUGUUCCGCCUUUGCCAAAGCAAGACGCCAUGCCCUGUCUUGGAUUGUGAUUUCCGAGCGCCAUGAAUAGGAGAGAGCUGCUCAUCUUCUGGGUCCGUAUUGACGAAGCAGAACGUGCGUGCGCUAAAACAAUUUCGCCAUUACAUGGCUUUGACGAAUUGUAUCAAACGUACUUUUAGCGAAGUCUACCGGACAACGACAAGCUUUUUUCGUAAAGAGAAAGCUUUGUUAAUACGGCUACUAUUCCAACCUGUAAAUAAACGUGAAU